AUGUCUAAGGGAAAAGUUUGUCUAGCAUACUCCGGAGGUUUGGACACCUCUAUCAUUCUCGCCUGGUUGUUGGAAGAGGGCUACGAGGUUGUGGCCUUCAUGGCCAACGUCGGGCAAGAAGAGGACUUCGAUGCCGCUGAAAAGAAGGCCAUGGCUAUCGGUGCCACUAAAUACGUGUGUGUUGACUGCAGAGAGGACUUCGUCAAAGACGUUCUGUUCCCAGCCGUUCAAGUCAACGCUGUAUACGAGGAUGUGUACCUGAUGGGUACCUCGCUGGCUAGACCAGUGAUCGCCAAGGCGCAAAUCGACGUCGCCGAGGCUGAAGGCUGUUUCGCCGUUGCCCACGGUUGCACAGGUAAGGGUAACGACCAGAUCCGUUUCGAACUAGGUUUCUACGCCUUGAAGCCAGACGUCAAGGUUAUUGCCCCAUGGAGAGACCCAGCAUUCUUUGAGCGUUUCGCCGGCAGAAAGGACCUGUUGGACUACGCUGCUGAGAAGGGCAUUCCUGUCACCCAGACCAAGGCCAAGCCAUGGUCUACCGAUGAGAACCAGGCUCACAUCUCUUACGAGGCUGGUAUCCUAGAAGACCCCGACACCACUCCUCCUAAGGGCAUGUGGAAGCUGAUUGUUGACCCACAGGAUGCCCCAGACAAGCCAGAGGACCUAACUAUCGUCUUUGAGAAGGGUAUUCCUGUCAAGAUCUCAUUUACCGAGGACGGCGAGGCCAAGGAAGUUACCAAGCCGCUAGACGUCUUUUUGACUGCCUCCAACUUGGCUAGAAGAAACGGUGUGGGCAGGAUCGACAUCGUUGAGGAUCGUUACAUCAACCUGAAGUCUAGAGGCUGUUACGAGCAGGCUCCUUUGACCGUCUUGAGAAGGGCUCACGUUGACCUGGAAGGUCUGGUACUAGACAAGGAAGUCCGCCAUUUGAGAGACCAGUUUGUCACUCCAACAUACUCUAGACUAAUGUACAACGGUUCCUACUUCACCCCCGAAUUCGACUUCAUCAAGUCAAUGAUUGCUCCCUCGCAGACUCAUGUCAAUGGCCAAGUCAGACUCAGACUGUACAAGGGUAACGUCAUUGUUCUAGGUAGAUCUUCCGAGACUGAGAACCUCUACGAUCCAACUGAGUCCUCCAUGGACGAGUUGACUGGCUUCUUGCCCACCGACACUACCGGCUUCAUCGCUAUCCAGGCUAUCAGAGUCAAGAAGUAUGGUGAAGCCAAGAAGGCCAAGGGAGAAAAACUCACUUUGUAA